AUGUCAACGCUCACAGUACAUGGCCUAACAAAAGGCCAAAUAGACGAGAAGAUUCUUCUCUUGACACAUAACCUAAUCAACAUCCACGACACAACCGGCGAGUUUCUGCUCAAACUCGACGACGGGCGCAUCAUUGACACAAAGGGCUGGGACGGCUGGGAAUGGACACAUGGCAUUGGGUUGUAUGGACUAUGGCACUACUACACGCUGACGGGCAGCACGGCGACGCUCGACAUCAUCAAGGGCUGGUUCGACAAGCAGCUGGCCAAGGGCACGACCAAGAACAUCAAUACCAUGAGUCCGUUCCUUGCAUUGGCGUACCUGUAUGAAGAGACAGGCAACAAGACUUUUGUUCCAUGGCUGGAUACCUGGGCCGAGUGGGUCAUGCACGGAUUGCCCCGCACCAAGUUUGGUGGCUUCCAACACGAGACGUACAACUCGUACAACAAGGACGAACUAUGGGACGACACGCUCAUGAUGAGCGCGCUGCCGCUGGCAAAGAUUGGUCUUACUCUGAACCGCCCCGAAUACGUAGAGGAGGCGAAGCGCCAGUUCAUACUGCACUGCCAAUACCUAUGCGAUACAAGCACAGGCCUGUUCUUUCACGGCUGGAAAUGGGAAGACAAGGGCGGAUUGGAAGUCGGCCACAACUUUGCCAGGGCGCGGUGGGCACGUGGAAACUCGUGGCUGACAAUCGCCAUUCCCGACUUCAUCGAGCUGCUGCAUCUCAAGGAGACAGAUCCUCUGCGCCAGUUCCUUGUGGGCAUCCUCGAGUCGCAGUGCCGGGCGCUGGUCAAGUGCCAAGAGGAGAGCGGCAUGUGGCGCACGCUUCUCGACAUCCCCAUCUCGGAGGGCAGCUACGAAGAGUCGUCGGCCACAGCAGGCUUCGCAUACGGGAUGCUCAAGGCAUGUAGGAAGCGAUACAUCAGCGGAGACGAGUACCUGCAGAGUGCGGUCAAAGCGAUCAAGGCCGUCAUGGGCAAGAUCAGUCCGGAGGGCGAGCUGACGCAGACGAGCUUUGGAACUGCCAUGGGCCAUGAUUUGCAGCAUUACAAGGACAUCAAGAUUACGAGCAUGCCGUAUGGACAGGCCAUGGCUAUUAUGGCGCUGGGCGAGUUUAUGAGGACCUUUAUCUAG